AAACCAAUAUGAUUUUAGUUCUUUAUUAUGGGCUAAAAAAUGAAUCAGGUAUGAUGAUGAAGGUUUCCAAAUUCAUAAAUUUGAAUUCAGAACUGGAAGAUCAAAUUUAAUUAGAGAUGAAAAGUAUAGCUGUUAAUAACAAUAAUCGAAGAAGGCUGAAAUUUCAUUGCUGGAGUAGAAAAAUGGCGGUUAAGAAAGUGGAAGCUUUCGAUGCUUCCGAACCUUUGAAGGUUGAAAAAAACAGUUUUUCCUUUUUUGGAAAAUCUUCUCAAAAAGUUACAAGCAUUGAACGCCGAGUUGAUGUACCUCCCUCGCCGAAAAGGGGCGCUUUGCUUGGAAAUAGCAAUUCUAUUGGACGGAGAGAUUCUAUGGAUACCCAAAAUCCUGAUAAUUUUGCAUCUGCAAUUGGCUUAAUUUUGCUGGUCGCUCAAUUUUUUGGCAUCCUCCCAAUUUCUGGAAUUCGCUCAAGUACGCCAAAAAAAUUUAAGUUCAGAAAAACCUCCCCGCGAACUUUAUUCACUUACACUGUUGUUUUGGGAAAUACUGUAAUGACAGUAGUGUGUUUGAUACACAUGGUGAAAACCUUCAGCUCCAAAUCGUUUCAAAUUCAUGGAGGAAUUUCUGAUGCGACCGUGGGAGCUGUAUUUUAUGUAAACACUUUAAUCGGGACAAUUCUUUUUCUAACUCUCUCCCCAAGAUGGAUAUCUCUUCAAUAUGAUUGGAGAACCAUGGAGCAAUAUGUAGACAGAUGUAAAACUCCAAGGCCAAAAUUGCGAUUGAUAUUCUCAAUUCUAUCAGCAUCUAUUUUAAUGCCAGCUUUAGCGGAACAUCUUCUAAGUAUUGUCUCAAACUCCCCAUCAGAAUCUUGGACAAAUUCGACUUUUGAUCAAUUUCUCGAAAUGUAUACCAUUAGGUCACAUCCGUUUCUUGUAAAGCAUGUGGAGUACAAUUUCACGCUGGGGCUUUACACGUUUGUCAUCAGCAGAAUUGCAACAUUUACGUGGAAUUUUACUGAUCUCUUCAUUAUGCUGAUUUCCACUGGCAUAGCAGAAAGGUACAAACAAUUAAACAAAAAAGUCACGACAAAUGAAUCAAAACAAUUCAGUCCUGGAGAAUGGAAGGAACUUCGAGAAAAUUAUGCAAUCCUAAGCACCUUGGUCAAAAAAGUGGAUGACCAAAUCUCGUCUAUUAUUUUUCUCUCCUUUGGGAACAAUCUUUAUUUCAUUUGUCUCCAACUUCUGAACGGGCUUUCGCUUCCAGAGGAUGGAAAAACGAUUAACACAAUAUAUUUUUUUGCGUCGUUUAUUUUCCUAGUAGGAAGAACAGUUGCUGUGACAUUAUUCACUGCAAGGAUCAAUGAUCAAAGCAAAGUCGUGCUACCCUGUCUCUUCAAUUGUACAGCUCCAACGUAUACAUCAGAGGCUCAGAGACUUCAAGUUCAACUCACCACCGAUGAAGUGGCCUUGACGGGAUUACGAUUUUUUUCGAUUACAAGGAAUUUUAUGCUUGCGGUUGCUGGGGCAAUCGUAACAUAUGAAGUUGUGCUCCUGCAAUUCAACCUGGCUUUGAGAAAAUAGAAUUUAAUCACAAGAAGGGAAAAAGGAAAAAGUCAGAUAAAAAUGAAGAGAUUUUUAAUAAUUGCGAAGUACGUUCGUUAAACAAAUUACACCAUUGACACUUUUCCAAAG